AUGCCACAUGUUCGCAGUUGUCACAGGCGAGCUGCACGAAGAUCUCGGGCCGUUUAUUUGGGCUUCUGCAAGCCGCCAUGUAUUCCCGUUUGCUUGGGCUCGUUGUUGCCAAAAACCGAUACUUAUACGAUUCUUCUGACAGAAUUGGCUGCUCCGCCUGGAUUGGAGGGAGACUGCAGAGGGGGGAUCCAGGAAGUGGGAGUGCAGACUUUGUCUUCUCUUUGCCGGACUGUGUGUGUCGAUGUGCAAACGGAGACCCCCCCGACUCUUUGUCAUACCCAUUCCUAUGAGAGUGCAGUUGGGAGUUCAACAGCAGUUGGGAGUUCAACAUUUGGAAGUUCCGCAGUUGGUUUGACUUUGUGCCAGACCCAUUCUUAUGACAGUGCAGUUGGGAGUUCAACAGUUGGGAGUUCCGCUGCCGCCAGCUUGCAGGACGCCUGUGUACAAACUCAGCUCUCUUUAAUGGACGCCGGUGUGCAAACAGAGACUCUUGUGUCUGGUAUGCACAACGGUGCGGAAGUGGACGCUUUCACGGAUUCCCCAAACGUUUCUUCAAUGGAUGCUGACGUGCAAACUCAGUUCACUGGCAAGGACGCCUGUGUGCAAACUCAGUUCACUUCAAUGGAUGCUGGCGUGCAAACUCAGUGGGUCUACGUCUUCAUGAACUCUACGCAAAGUCAGACGCGUGCGUGCAAGGAAGCUCUACGCCUUCGUGAGUCAGGUGGGAAAGAUGUGCAGGCAGUGGUCUCAUUUUCUUCUGACACGUAUGCAGCUCUUUCAUAUUCCUCUUCUUCUGAUGUGAAGGCAGUGGUCUCAUCUUCUUCCGAUGUGAAGGCCAAGGGGACUUCCACGUGCUCUCAGGCCACCAUUGCCGAUGUUAAGGCAUGGAUUGACGCUGCUGGCAUUAUCAACGAGUCGAAUGCGAUCCAGUAUUUAAAGAAUGGAGUGGAUUUGUUUGCAGAACUUCUGACAGAAGGUGGGAUCCCUGCAAAGGCCAGGGCAAAUUAUGCUAUGCGGAAGCGCGGGACGUUCGAGAAUGUGCAAGCGACGUUGGAGGACCUUCUGGAAUUCUUCGAGAGGCACAGAUAUCUUACAGGGCAGAUGAACCGUGCCGAGGCUGCCAAGUUUCUACAGGAUUCCAAGUGCGACGAAUUCCGAAUCCAAUUCUAUGGACGUCCGAGGAACGAUACAACCUCGUCAUGUGGAAGUACUGCCUGCAAAGGCAAAGGCAAAGGCAAAGGUAAAGGCGCCGACAUAGGAGGUCAGGAGUUUGACGAUGUGUGUAGGUUCGGUGGGACGUUGACGGACUUUGAACGAAGGUGUAAAUCUCAGGUUUGGCCUCUGCGGUAG